AUUAUAUACAUACACUGGUUCACGUCUAGAAGGAGCCACAACUUAUCGUAGUUUUUAGGUUAUUUAAUAUUUAUUUGCAUAAUUUUUUGAGGAGCUUUACAGUACGUACAUACAGUGUAUACUAUUUCGAUAUAAUGUCAUCGCGCUUUACACGUGUCUUCAACCGCGAUUUUGUUUGGUUCAAAUUCCCCGCGUCAACGCAAAGCGCUCAGGACGAGUGGUAGAUGUAGAAGUUUGAGCGCUCCACCGCUAGAUGGCUGCACUAGUCGGUUCGAAAUAUAAAGCAUGAGCACAGUUUUACUUACGUUUAUAUUCAUCGCUGUUACUCCGAUUUUCGUCUUCCUGGUAUUCUCUCGUUGAUUUCAAUUGAUUUAAUAAUUCCUUGGGAAACCAGUGUAAGAGAAGUCGGUUUUAAGGCGGAAAAAUGCUGUUAAUAUUUUCGGGAUUUAUUUUAAGCGCGUGAAAAUGGAGAUUUAGAAAUUCGACCGCUGUCCACUGCGAAAGGAUUGCAUCGAGAGUUUUUCCAGGGUUUUAUCCGACCAGAGCAUUGUUUACAGUUGAAAAUGUCUGGGCAGAAAUCAGAGAGUGCAAUGGAACGGGCGGAUAAUUCAACGAACGGUUCUAGCGAGGAGAGAUUAAAGAUUAAAAAUGAAGAUAAGUCUAGACAGAAGGGUGGUAAAUCGGAAGAUGCCGUUGAUAAGUGUAACGGUAGGGCGAACAACAACAACGACGGUGGGAAUUGUUACUGCGGCAAGGAUAGGAAUCUUAAUAUCGCCGAGCUUUUGUGCGCCAGUUGCUCGAGGUGGUUCCACGAGUCGUGUAUCGGUUUUCAACUGGGGAAACUGGUGCCCUUCAUGAUGAACUACGUAUUCAUGUGUAAAAAUUGCUCACCGACUGGCCUGGAAAGUUUUAAGAAGAAUCAAGCUCCGUUCCCUCAGAUGUGCGUAACGGCUAUAGCAAAUCUACUUCAGAUCUGUCAGAAGGACAGCGAUCACAGAACAUUGUUUCACAAGGACAAAGACAUUAUUCCGUUCAUCGAGUGCCACUGGGAGAGCAUGACAACGAUGCCACGCAGGGUCACGCAAUCUUGGCAUGCAAGGAUACACAGGGCGCUUCUAAAAGACGUGGGAACACUCUUCACAAUGGAUGAAAACAACACGGAUGGACAAUUGUUCGGUCUCGUCACGCCAGAUCUCGUCCUGAUUAAGCCUAACUACGAGGCCAUGAUUAAAGGCGGACACCUGAAAGUCACCGAAAUGGGCGUACAACACGUCGUGCCGCUGACUGGAGGACUUCGUGGUCGGAAUGCGAAGCGAAAGUUCCCUGGCGAAGGAGCAGGCACCGGGCCAGGGAAGAAAGGAAGGAGCUCGGACAUGACCACACCGAAACUUCCUGCACAUGGAUACCCUUUGGAACAUCCUUUCAACAAAGAUGGGUAUCGAUACAUUUUGGCAGAACCCGAUCCACAUGCUCCGUUCAGACAGGAAUUCGACGAGAGCAGCGAUUGGGCUGGAAAACCAAUUCCAGGAUGGCUGUACAGACCGCUGAGUCCAUGUGCUGUAUUACUCGCAUUACAUGAUCGAGCACCGCAGCUUAGAGUGUCCGAAGACAGGCUUGCGGUGACUGGGGAAAAAGGAUACUGCAUGGUCAGAGCUACGCAUUGCGUCAGCAGAGGUACUUGGUACUGGGAAGCCACCAUCGAAGAGAUGCCUGAGGGUUCAGCGACAAGAUUGGGAUGGGGUCAAGAGUACGCCAACCUGCAGGCUCCUCUCGGCUACGAUAAGUUUGGAUAUUCUUGGAGGUCUAGAAAGGGUACAAGGUUCCACGAAAGCAGAGGAAAACAUUACAGCCUAGCCUAUGGAGAAGGUGAUACGUUGGGCUUCGUAAUAUCUCUACCUGAUACUCGAGAAGUCUCUCAUAUUCCUAAUACCUACAAAGAUAGACCUUUGGUUAAAUUUAAAAGCCACCUGUACUACGAAGAGAAGGAUCAAGUGCCGGAAGCACUGAAAGCACUGAAGCCAUUAUUAGGGAGUAAGAUAAUAUUUUAUAAAAAUGGAGUCUCACAAGGAGAAGCUUUCGCCGAUGUCAACGGAGGAGCUUACUUUCCAACGGUCUCGAUCCAUAAGAGUGCUACAGUUUCUGUGAACUUUGGACCCAACUUUAAAUGUCCACCGACUGAUGUUUCAUUUAGAGGAAUGUAUGUCAAAGCGGAGGAGGCUAUUGCUGAGCAAUCGAUGGCAGAUAUUCUUUACUUCACAGAGAAUGAUGGAAAAUUAAGGUUAGACACGUUCUCGUUGUGACAUUGAUGAACACUUUUUCGUUU